AUGUCGAGGCCUUGCAGGCUGACGCGUGAGGUCCUGCUGGAGAAGAGGAAAGAGGAAAAAAAAGCGGAGGGAAUAGCUACAGGAGGAAAUAGCUACAGGAGUAGCUUGGAGGGAGCCUGGUACUACGAAGUAAUGCUAACGCGGGCACACAGUAUCAGGUACAAGAGAGAGGAGGGUUUUAGAUUUGGUAUUGUUUGUUUUGCUGAUUCAGACAUUGUAAGUGUAGAUGAAGUUGGAGAAUCAAAUACUGAGUCAAUAGCAAGUGAUAGUAAAAAUGCUGGGAUUGAAGCGAUUCCAAAUUACAAAUGUGAUACGAAUGAAUAUUACAAUUAUAAAGACGGUGGUGAUACAACAUGUCAAGAUCCCGAUGACUCGAGUUUUGACGUAAGUAAAAAUACUAAUGGAUGUCAUUGUCGUCCUGGUUUCGUAAGAAACGAACACUAUCAGUGUGUAAAACUCGAAGAAUGUCCAGAAGUAACUAACGAGCCUACAAGUAAUGCCGAGGAUUCUUACAAUAUCGAUCCGAAUAAUCCACAAAUAACGAAACUGCUGAGAGAAGUUUUUGGAACGCUUAAUGAUUGGUACGCUGAAAAGAACCAGGAUCAAGUUGACGACGAGUACCCCACACUAAAAAAAGACACCCAGAAAGUCCUUAGCGAGCCCAGGGACUCUGGGUAUGUGAAUCACCACACCGAUCUUGACCUCGAUGACCCAGAAACUCAAAGAAUUCUUCAGCAAAUCUUCGGGCCGAAUAAUUUUAAUACUCAUUAA